UCAUGGGACGUCGCCGCCUGCGGUGCUUGAUGACGAUCUGCUGAACCAUAUCCAGGCGAUGACGCCCACAAAGAUCAGCUGAUAGAUGUUGAAGCCGCCGCCCUUGGGCUGCUGCUGUUGUUGCUGGUGCUGAGAUAAGAGAGCCAAAACAUACGCAACACAAAUAUGGCCUGGGUCAUGAGGGUGUGAAGAGAGGAUGUUCGGUGUCACUGACCGUCUGCACGAGUAUUUCAUUGAGUCGUUGCCUCUGGUCGUCGCUGAGCUCGUUGACAAACUCACGAAACAUAUUACCCUUGCCCUCGCCCCCUGCAGGUGCCGCCUUAGAACUGUCCCCACCUGAACAGACACACCACAUCACGCACAUAUCACGCCCACCAGUCCAUUCAUCCAUCCAUCCAUCCAUCCCCCCUCUCGCUGACUCACCGGCAUUGGUUGCGUCGGUGGGUGUCUGUGCGUCCUCUCCCCCGAUGGACGUCGACUGCGUUCUGCCGCCCUCCUGCAGUGACCUCACCGCCGCUGACUGCAUCCCCCCGGCCCGCUCGGCCGCUAUCUUGCGAGCCGCCGUUGACGUCAGCGGACCAGACAUCCCCAGGCCACCUGGUUGAUGAUCGAGCCACAAGGGGGUUCCAAUGUUUGUGUGCUUUUCCCCUUCGUGUAAGUUGACCAGACCUGCGGGUGCGUUCUGCUGCAAUUCAGCGGUUUUAACGACGAUGGCCUGGUUGGUGGUGAGAAUGCCCUUGAGGAGGUACUGCAGGACGGCGUCCUGGUCGACAUAGAUGGACGACGACACGAUGAUCGACAGACACAGAAUGGACGGGAACAGCUGACGCAACAGCUGCAGACAUCCAUCCAUCCAUCCAUCCAUGCCACACAAAAGCAAAGCACACACAGGCGCGUUGAUGCGAACCCUUCUUGUCAGAGUGCUGGGAUGGCACGCACGCACCAGUAUUUUCUCGAAUGGCAGUAGUUGGCUCAUGGUAGGGAUGAAGUCGAGCACGGCGUCGCCCUCGACGUACCGCAUGUGCAGCUCCAGACAGAACGAUCCCACCAGAUACACUAUGAUGAUCUGACACACACACAAACACACACACACACACACGCAAUCACAUACACGUGUGCCUUGACCGCCCUCUCCUUGGGUGUGGCUGGAGGACGUACGACGUACCUGCCUAGCGAAGUGGAACGGUUUUGCGAAUGUGAGGACGUAUCCGAGUAUGAAGCAGAGGAGGUAGUUGACCAGCGACAGCAUCACAACCGUCAUGCCCGUCGCAUCCUCGACCUGACCUGCACACACCAUGCACCCACACACGCCGAGAGAUGAACCCAUGUUCCUUCGCUAUCCUGUCUUGCUGUCCGCUUCCUGACCGUCAUUGUGGUCUCCAAAUCUGUGGUAGCUGCUUCGCUGGCUCUCGUUCAUCAGAAUGUCGUGAGCCUGCACAAACCACGCCAAGCACACCAGCCACACAUAUCUGCGCGUGGCCGCACCAUUCGCCAUCGUCUUGCCCGCCCAACGUACCCUCUUGAGCCGAUAGAAGGUGUCCUCAGCAUCGGGAUCCGGAUUCUUGUCCUGCAUGGACGCACGGGCACCGAUACCAGACAGACACGCGAACCGUCAUUGCCAGGCAAAAGCCGCGUUCGUGUGUGUUGGCAUGUGUGUUACCUACCGGGUGGUAUUUGAGCGACGCCUUGCGAUAGGCCGCGUGGAUGUCGUUGCGGUCAGAUGUGGGCGACGCCUCGAACCACUCGUAAAAGUUCUUCUCGCGAUACGAAUACUGAAGGCACGUACGCACAGGCACACAAACGUCCAGAUCUCUCAGAUGCGCGGCAUCCUCUGACCAU